UCUUUUCAAACAUAAAUGCUAAAAAUUUGAAUCACGCAAUUUUACCUCAGUUCCUCAUUCGGUUCCCCCGUAUUCUGUUCUUCCUCUGUUUAACCUCCAUUUCAGCCUCUCCUCUAGCAGCCCAGUCUCCUCCAUUCCGUCCUCUCCUCCAGCCUCCAGACGGUAGCAACCAACACUGCCGCAGACCGGCAAACGCACCGCCCAUAACCACCAAACCUGAAAUUGGUAACAAAUUUAACGGUGGAUGGUGAGUAGACAGUGGUGGGCGGUGGACGGUGGUUGCUACCGAUUGGGUUUUGUCUGUGCAAGUGAAUAAUAUACCUCAAGGAAGGUGAAAGGAGAAUAUGAUACUAGUUUGUUUGUAUUAAACCAAAAAGUAAAGAUGCUGGACAAAAGUAGUUUUGAUGUGAAAUAUGAUCUUUGGGCGCUUAGAGUCCCUCGGGAAAUCUGCAAAAUGGCUACAAGAAUACUUAAUGGGUACUUGCUAGAUAAGCCGCGUGUGAAGCCUAUAACCGAAGACCCAACGUCUGAGAAAAAUCGGUACAUGAUAUUAUCAGAGAGGAUACAUAAUCAAGAAUUAUCUGAUAUCCCUGAGCAAAAGCUGGAUGAACUUCGAAAGAUUUGUGAAAUUGAAGUAGUUCCUUAUUCAUUGGUCCUUGGUUAUUCCUAUUGGGGUGCAGAUCAUAUUUUGAAGCAGAUUCUGCCCGAAGGAGUUGAGGUGCCGUCAUCAUUUGAAACGAUAGGUCAUAUUGCACAUCUAAAUAUCACUUAUGAACUACUGCCAUACAAGGAUGCUAUUGCGAAGGUCAUUUAUGAUAAAAACUAUCCCAGAAUUAGAACUGUAGUCAAUAAAGUUGGCACAAUUACAAAUGAAUUUCGAGUUCCAAAAUUUGAAAUUCUUGCUGGUGACAAUGAUAUGGUUACAGAGGUGAGGCAAUAUGGGGCGAAAUUCAAGCUUGAUUACAGUUUGGUGUAUUGGAAUUCAAGACUGGAGCAUGAGCACAUGAGAUUGAUUUCCUUGUUCCAAGCUGGAGAAACCAUAUGCGAUAUGUUUUGUGGUAUUGGUCCAUUUGCUAUCCCAGCUGCACAGAAGGGGUGCUUAAUCUAUGCAAAUGAUUUAAAUCCAGAUAGCAUCCGUUUUUUGAAAAUAAAUGCAGAAAUUAACAAAGUCAACGAUUGCAUCUAUCCGUUCAAUAUGGAUGCAAGAAAAUUCGUGUCUCAGUUGUUGACGGUUCCGCCAAAUGCUUGUGAUGGCAUCACAAAGUCCAAAACAGAAGCAGAGGAUAGAAAUGUGGAAGCAGGCGAUAGUGUGAAGAUAGAUCUAUCUACUUGUGCUCCCAAAAGGCCUGUGGAACAUUGUCAGGAAGAAGCACCUGUUUCUCGCAGCACAAAACGUGGGACUAAUAAGAGGAUGAGGGGCGCUGAACCAUCUGUGAAGCCUUGGGAGCAUGUUGAUCAUGUGGUGAUGAAUUUACCCGCUUCUUCAUUGGAGUUUCUUGAUGCGUUCAAAGGUCUGAUCUGCCAGAAAUAUUGGAAGGGAUUUCUGCCGUGGAUUCAUUGUUAUUGCUUCAUUCGUUCAAGUGAAACUGAGGAGUUUAUAAUUUCAGUGGCUGAGUCAAGGUUGAAUGCAAAGAUACAUGAUCCUGUAUUCCAUAGGGUUCGUGAUGUUGCACCAAACAAGGCUAUGUUUUGCUUAAGCUUUAGACUCCCAGAGGAAGCAUGCCUUCACGAGGAAGCAAUUGGCACUGUCGUAUCGUGAAUUUUGUUUCAGAUUAAUUUGUCAUCCUUGCAUAUCAAUGUUAACCAACAAGUUUUUCAGAUUGAAUUUUUUUAAUUCAAACUUAGGUUGAGCUACUUUGAAUAGCGAUGUACGAGGAAGAGUUGAUUAAAGGAAAUCAGCUUUUGUUGUAGAAGCGAUCACUUUAUUUCAUAAUCCAAAGUACCAAAAAAUUUGCUUUAUUUGCUGAUGGUGAGUGGUGAAUUGAUGGGAACAAAUCAUUUUUAUUUGUUUACAGAUUUUACUUGACAUUAUCUUAUAAUGAAAAUAAGAGUGAAAUGUGAUGACGCACAAAUAUUAUUUCUAAUACUCUCUCGUUUUCGUUUUAUAUGUCUUAUUCGCUUUUUGCACGUUUGUUAAUGCAUUAAUUCAAUACUUAAUGGCAAUAAUUGUGUAUAGAAUAUAAAAGCUAGAUAUUAAUAUACUUAGAUGUCACAUUUUUAUUUGUCCAAUACAUCACGAACUCAUCAAAUACAAGAAAAUCUUAAUAACCGUAAUUUAAAAUCACCACAAAAAAAGACAUGAUAAUAAAAUAUAUAAAAUAACAAAAAAAAAAAAAUAACAUCAAAAAUCCCCCAAUAAAAUUAGGCCACAUAAUAGUGUUUUGCAACUCUCUUAAAUAUUCGUAAUUUACCUGAACUCCUUCCAUCAAGUACUAGUUGGUAUCUCAAGUUUUAUCUAACGUUGUGCCAAAAUAUAUACUGAAUUUUGAGACUCACCUUGA